UAAAUAAAUAAAUAAAUGAAUACUAGAUGUGAGGGUUGGCAAGCAUCAGCAUGUAAACACAACAUUGUUGUUCAGGACUCCAUCACCAUGUUCAAGAACACCUUCCAGAGUGGCUUCCUCUCUAUACUCUACAGUAUAGGCAGUAAACCAUUACAAAUAUGGGACAAGAAGGUUCGUAAUGGACACAUAAAGAGGAUAACAGACAAUGAUAUUCAGUCUCUGGUCUUGGAGAUUGUUGGAGUCAAUGUAAGCACAACAUACAUCACAUGUCCUGCUGACCCCAAAAAGACUCUUGGCAUCAAACUUCCCUACCUAGUUAUGAUUGUUAAAAAUCUCAACAAAUACUUCACAUUCGAAGUACAGGUUUUAGAUGACAAGAAUGUUCGUAGACGUUUCCGGGCCAGCAAUUACCAGUCAACCACAAGAGUUAAGCCAUUCAUCUGCACCAUGCCUAUGCGUCUGGAUGAAGGAUGGAAUCAGAUUGUGUUCAACCUUGCAGACUUUGUCAGGAGAGCUUAUGGUACAAAUUAUGUUGAAACAUUGAGAGUCCAGAUUCACGCUAACUGCCGUAUAAGGCGGGUCUAUUUUGCUGAUCGACUAUAUUCAGAGGAAGAGUUGCCAGCAGAAUUCAAGUUGUAUCUCCCAGUUCAAACAAAAGCAAAAUCUGCAAUUUGAGCUUGAAUCCACUGUUAGGUAUAUGGACCUUGAAGGUAAAUAAAAUAAAGGAUUUGCCAUAUUAUUGUAUAGAAAAAAUGAACUUUUAUAUUGAGUUGUGAUCUAUUGCACAAGCCUUCUGUUAUACAGAAGAGUUUCACACUUUCUAGUCUCUGCAUAAUGUAAUCAAACUUAUCACUUUUUUUUUUGUCAUGCACUGCUGUUUCGUGUACAACUUGGCAGAAAAUCAUUUGCCUUGUAGGAAACCUGUACAUGCAAGAUCCUGGGGCUGUUAUCCUUGGAAGACGUAACAUUGCUCAUUCUGGUCAUAUGGUUAAUUAUGAAACAAAAAAUGAGUGUAAAAGACACUUACGUUGAAAAAAAAUAUAGUCUACAUCUCUUUUUUUUUUUUCUCUCCAUUAAUCAAGUACUGUACUGUAUUGUCACUUUAUGAGCUGUUUAGUAACAAAAGGACAAUUUUCUGGUAGCAUAUUAAUAGUUUACUUUUAAAAUGUGUACAGUAAAUUAUGAAUUCAACAUCUAAACUGUUCAUGUGUCAGAGAAGCAUGUUUAAGUUAUGGUAGUUACACUACUGAAUGCUGUAUGACCCUUGUGGAUUUAGCACUUAGUUAUUUUGAAAUUUUCCUCAUAAAAUUAACAAUAUUAAGUCCUUUUAUACUUGACUUUUUCCUACCUUUUUAUAUCUACUGUAUUUGCAAAUUCAGCUGUCGUUCCAUUAUCUUUGCUGAAAAUAUUAUUCACUAAUGCAUUUUCCAGCUUUAAUAUAAGUUUUUCAUCACUGGAAAUUUGGCUUUGAAGAGAUUACAUAUAUCGAGUAAGUUGCCUUAUGUGUGAAAGACUUUUGAAACGGUAUAUGAAAUGUUUUUAAAAAAUUCUAAAUUCUGUACUGCAGGAGAAUAAGGAUAAUUUUAACAAGUGCAGUCAUGUGGGAAAGUAUAGGAAAAGAGGGCAAAUAAAAAAUGAUAAGCGAAAAUACAAAGAGUGAGGAAGAGUAGUUUUUGAAUGAAUACAGCCUCUCCUCACUUAACGACGGAGUUCCAUUCCUAAGACCAUGUCAGUAAACGAAUUCAUCGCUAAGUGAGGAGCAUACUAUAAUGGUAGUGGGUUUGUGUUGACCAUCUUUGAUAUUGCUUUAAUGUCACCUUUGCAUCAUUUAUAACAUUUCUAGUACACUUUUAAAUAUUUAUACAGUAGUGUACUGUAUAUUGUAAUAAACAGACUAGAGGAAAUCAGCUCAAAUAUACAUUACAUUAUUUAGGUAUGCACAUUGGUCAGAUUGCCCAUCGUAAGUCCGAGUCGUCGGUAAAUGAGUACUCCGCUAAGUGAGGAGAGGCUGUAUUGUGAAUGCAUAUAGUAUAAGUAUGAACUAGUGUGAUAACAUGAGUUCAGGCAAAGACAAGCGGACUACAGAUGCUCCUCACUUUACAAUAGUUUGACUUACAAUAUUUUGAGUUUAUGGUGUGAUAAAACUAUAAAACUUUUUUUUGUACUGCACAUUUAUUGAAAGGAUAAACUUGUGUUUAUUUCUUUACGUUUAUCAGAACGAAACCCCAUUGUAAGUCGAGGAGCACCUGUACUGUACGUGACUCAAGUGGAAUGUGAGCUAUUGUUUUUAAUGCCUUUAUUAUCCACACUAAACCAUCCUUUGGCAGCCGCAUUCAAAGAAUUAAAAAAUGACUAUAA